AUGGCGGACGAGGACGGGGAAGGGAUUCACCCCUCAGCCUCUCACAGGAACGGAGGCGGCGGCGGCGGCGGUGGGGGUUCUGGGCUCCACUGCGCCGGGAACGGCGGCGGGGGAGGCGGCGGCCCGCGGGUCGUGCGCAUCGUCAAGUCCGAGUCCGGCUACGGCUUCAACGUGCGGGGCCAAGUGAGCGAGGGCGGGCAACUGCGGAGCAUCAACGGGGAGCUGUACGCGCCGCUGCAGCAUGUGAGCGCCGUGCUGCCCGGGGGGGCGGCCGAUCGGGCCGGGGUGCGCAAGGGGGACCGCAUUCUGGAGGUGAACGGCGUGAAUGUUGAGGGGGCGACACACAAGCAGGUGGUGGACCUGAUCCGAGCAGGCGAGAAGGAAUUGAUCUUGACAGUAUUAUCCGUACCUCCUCAUGAGGUGGAUAACCUAGAUCCCAGUGACGACUCGUUGGGACAAUCAUUUUAUGAUUACACAGAAAAGCAAGCAGUGCCCAUAUCGGUCCCCACAUACAAACAUGUGGAGCAGAAUGGUGAGAAGUUUGUGGUGUACAAUGUUUACAUGGCUGGGAGGCAGCUGUGUUCUAAGCGGUACCGGGAGUUUGCCAUCCUACACCAGAACCUAAAGAGAGAGUUUGCCAACUUUACAUUUCCCCGACUUCCAGGGAAGUGGCCAUUCUCAUUAUCAGAACAGCAAUUAGAUGCCCGACGUCGGGGGUUGGAAGAAUAUCUAGAAAAAGUGUGUUCAAUACGAGUCAUUGGUGAGAGUGACAUCAUGCAGGAAUUCUUAUCAGAGUCAGAUGAGAACUACAACGGUGUGUCUGACGUAGAGCUGAGAGUAGCAUUACCAGAUGGAACAACAGUUACAGUCAGGGUUAAAAAGAACAGUACUACAGACCAAGUAUAUCAGGCUAUUGCAGCAAAGGUUGGCAUGGACAGUACGACAGUGAAUUACUUUGCUUUAUUUGAAGUGAUCAAUCAUUCCUUUGUACGUAAGCUGGCACCUAAUGAAUUUCCUCACAAACUCUACGUCCAGAAUUACACAUCAGCUGUGCCAGGCACCUGCCUGACUAUUCGGAAGUGGCUUUUUACGACAGAAGAAGAAAUCCUGUUAAAUGACAAUGACCUUGCUGUUACCUACUUCUUUCAUCAGGCUGUGGAUGAUGUAAAGAAAGGUUACAUUAAAGCAGAGGAAAAGUCCUACCAAUUACAGAAGCUGUAUGAACAAAGGAAGAUGGUCAUGUACCUCAACAUGCUAAGAACUUGUGAAGGCUACAAUGAAAUCAUCUUCCCCCACUGUGCCUGUGAUUCCAGGAGGAAGGGACAUGUUAUCACAGCCAUCAGCAUCACGCACUUUAAACUUCAUGCCUGCACUGAAGAAGGACAGCUGGAGAACCAGGUAAUAGCAUUUGAAUGGGAUGAGAUGCAGCGAUGGGAUACAGAUGAAGAAGGAAUGGCCUUCUGUUUUGAAUAUGCACGAGGAGAGAAGAAGCCCCGAUGGGUUAAAAUCUUCACACCAUAUUUCAAUUACAUGCAUGAAUGCUUCGAGAGGGUGUUCUGUGAGCUCAAGUGGAGAAAAGAGAACAUUUUCCAGAUGGUGAGGUCACAGCAGAGGGAUGUGGCCACCUAGCCUUUCCGUAUCCCCUCUCUUCUUUCUACCCCUCAUCUUCUUAGCCCUUUCAUCUCCCAUGUCAGAGUAACCAUUAACACAAAAGAAGAGAAAAAGGAAAAAAAUCAUUAUAUUCAAAAGCCCUAAACUAAAUGUUAUUAAUAACCCCCUCUGAAUUUCAUGUCUCUGCAAUUGAGCUGGUAGAAAAUAACAGAUUGGUCAGCACCAGGAGUCAACUGAGUUAAGACGGGAAAAGAAAUAAGCCCAACCAACUUGCCGAAGGUAUCUUUGUCCUUUCACCUGGGCCUCAUGCCAACAGACUCUCCUUGUACUAUAUUUUUAAAACUGGAACUAUGAACUCCCUCCAUUGCACUGUUCAGACAUAUAUAUGUAUGUAUGUAAAAAUUAUAUAUACACAAAUUAGCUGCACGUAUAUGCAUAUAUAUAUUUCUUUUAAAAUUUCAUAUUGAUGGCAGUACCUUUUUUAGCUUGUGUUUUUACACACCUUUCACUAGAUUCAUGAUCUCUCUCUUCCUCUCUUUAUUUUGAAACAAACUUUAAAAAGGAAAAAAAAAUUUAUAGGGAAAAUACCUCUCCUCAUGAAGGACUCGAAAAGUUUACAAACUGCUUGGAUUUUUUUUCUCUCUUUAUUGUUCUGAGUACAGAUUCUGGCUCAUGGAUUGUCAUAGAGUCUGAGGAGCAAGGAGCAUAGUUUCUUUAUCUUCUAAGAGGAUGUCAUGGGAGGUGGGGAGAAAAAGGUCUGUUUCUAAAGGGCGGCAAGGCAGUAAGAUCUGCAGGGAGAGUCUGAAGACUUGGUGUGACCUCUUGGUUCCAGGACAAUUUUCCUGGUCCCUCUUCUCUCUCCAACUCAUGGCUUUCUAGCUACAUUCCACAUCUCCUUCCUGCUUCCCUAGGGCCCCUUGUUUGCUUUCCCUCAGCUGGCCCAAAAUGGAAGUGAGGUUGGGCUUAGGAGGAUAAGGCCGCAGGAACCUGAAACAUGUCAUGGUAGUUAUUACCUAUCUCCCUGCCUUUUCUGAACAGGGAUAGUGCUAGGGAUCAGAGUUAAAGUUGAUACCUUUAGGCCCAAAAGUUGGACUUACGUAGGGGAAAGGAAGAAAGCAAUGCCCUAUGUACAUAAGCUUUUCACUACUCCAUUCCUGACCAGUAACCACCCAUAACCAUUACAUUCUCUGUGACUUCUUUAAACAGCAGUGAUGAUAUCUUCAAGGCUUUGGGUGAAACUUGGGAUAGGUUAGUGGACUGUGCCAACAAAACCAUAGUCCCAGCUAAGCCAGCUGAGGACCCAGGAAGAAGCAAUGGCUAAUUUGGGUUGGAUCUCAACUUUUAAAUAGGAGACUGAAGAAUGACUUUUUUGUCCCCUAAAGAGCUCCUCAUCUGACCUUGCAGUUGGGGCUUUGAGACCUAAGAGCUACAUCCCAGGAUCAGGGCUCAUGGCUGGACUGGGUAGGGCAACAUUCUCAGCCCCUAGGCUCUAGAGACACUGUAUUAGAAGCACUAAGUCAGGCUCAGCUAUAACUGAACACAUCUUUGAGCCUCAUUUUCUUUUACCCUUCUCCACUUUCCAAGCAAAAACUUCCCUAGGGUAGCAUUUUUUGCUUUCUCUAACUGGUAAGCAGUCAUACUUGGUAGUGGUCACCUCCACUGAGCAAUGUUGGGAUGGUUUGAAGUUUCUUUUUUUUGUAACUUGUUUUUACAGAUCAUUGUGAGGCCACUUUUCUCUCUCUCUGACUCUGUUAUCUGGGCAGCCACUUACCCCAGUGGGGUUGUAGGAUCACACAGGACAUCCUGUCCUCCCCUUCUUCAAACCAAGAGUGGAAUCAGGAGUGCAAAACAUAAGAGUUUUCAUUGUUUAAAGAUACAGAGAGUGAUCCAUGAUUCAAAGGCUUUAACAUAAGAUUGACUCCUCUUUUUUUUUUUUUUUUUUUGGUGGCUUACACAAAUUUAAGACUGAGCCGAAGGACCUUGGAAAGAAGAUAUUUUGAUUUCACACUCCAAGAUGCUAAAGAGGCUGGGAACCAGCUUUGUUCAAACAUAUUAAAAAUAGCAACAAUUCGCCCCUACUCCCUCAUAGGAGAGGAAUGAACAAAUCCCAGAAUCCAGGUGACGGCCCACAUGCUGGCCUCUGGAUCUGAGACAUAUGGGGGAUAUCCCCUGAGGAUUUGGAGGCCCCUUAUAGUGGUGGUUGGUGCUAUGUUCCCUUUCUGGCAUAGCAUGCACUUGGUGCUUUGGAGAUUGGGUGAGGGGCUCCAUAGGUCGUUGGCCUGUUGGCAAAAUCUGUUCAGGAGUAGCCCCUACUUGAGGCUGUACCGCUAACACCCAGCUGCAGCAAGGAGGUGGGAAGAAGGGAAACCCUAGAGGAUAGCACCUUCUCCCCUCCCACCCACAGCAGGCCUCCUCAUGGAGGCAGAGGCCUCUGUGACUUUAGAGGUCCACAGGAUCUAGCCCUUCUUUGCAUGAAGUACAGUGUUAGGUGUGACUCUCCUUUUCCCUCUUCCUUUGAACUUCCUUUCUCUAAUCCCUACUCCUUUUCUUAGUCCUAGUUUCUGCCGAGGGAGGCUUCUACCUAGUCCUUUGCAGUUUGUCUCUGGGAAAGGGGGAGAACCUCCCCCCCUCCACUCAGCAGAGCCAGCAGGAUCUUCCUGGUCUCCCUUUGUCGUCCUCUCUACUCUGAGUUUCUGUACUCUGAGGCAAAAGCUCAGGGCUUUAUAGGGAUCAGAAGAAAUUGUAGGCCCUGAGAACCCCAUCCCUGAAGAAAGUUUCCCUUGAGCCAUUCUUUGGGCUCUCUAUUCUUUUUAUUCUAGAAGUUCUCCAUUUUUCUGCCCUUCCCUUGCCCUAGGUCUAAGUGCAGCACAAGUACAGGUAUGCCUGUGCUCAGGGCAGCCCCUAGGCCUGUACAGAGCUCUCAGGGAGGAAUUGGAUGAAUUUUCCAACAUCCCCAUGCCUGGCCCAUCUAGUUUCAUCCUUUAAUUACCUAUUCCAGGCCAGUAGCUUCGGGUUGUCACCUCUUGUAGCUCCAAACCCAAUGCCUGGAGAAGCACAAUAGGGCAUUGACAGGAGGUAACACUCUCUCAUCUCAGAAUUUGCCAGCUUAUGGGCCUGGAUCCUAGGAAGCAAUUUUUUAAAAGGGGAUUGAAUCCUAAUUAACUCAUCGUCUCCAGACUUGAAGGGACUACUGUGCCUUUCGUUUUCUCCAUCUUACUAUAUGACUGGAUUGAUUCUGGAGUUGAAACCAUUUGAUCUGUUGAACCCCAACACAUUGCGAGGUUCCUUCACCAACUUAAUUGUGUCACAUUAACUUCCUUUUGAAUGGAGGAUGAUGUGGUUGAAUACUGAGAGAGAAAUAAUAGAGGUGAUGGGUAGGCUUCUUUAGCUCCCCAUCCUCCAGUGCCACCUGCUAUUUUCCCCCCUCCCCCAAAUCUGAGCUUGUCAUUCCAGGCCUCAUUCAUACCGGGACAGCAUCAGCUCACUCCUCAGCAGUAAUCUAGGGUGCGUGGGAAGCUUAGGCCUCUGGGGAGGAACAGAAUCUAAGAGGGGAAUGGCAUGGGGUGGGGGCCCUUGGCCAACUGCUGAACUUGGACACCAAUUUUAUACAUGCCCCACCUUUUAAGCCGGUGAGCUGUCAUGCACACUUUUAAUUUAUUUGAGAGAAACUCUAAUUGUAUUUUCACUGCAGUAUCUUGUAUUUUUUAUUUGUGAUUUAAGAAAUGUGAAGAGAAAAUACACAUAAUGGCUAACAGUGUUUCUUUCAUUCCUUGUUCUAGAGCUAACCACUCUAAAAUUGUUUGGUAAUGUCACUUAGUGUAAUUAAUUGUAACAUAUUCUUUUAAAUAAAUUGAUUUAUUGAUGAAACUAUU